GUGAACACUAGGUUGUUUACAGUAGGCAGUGAACAGGCAGUAAACAGUAGGAAGUGCGCAGUAGGCAGUGAACAGUAGGUAUUGAGCAGUAGGCAGUGAAAAGUGGAUAGUGAACAGUAGGAAGUGAACAGUUGGUAGUAAAAUGUGGGUAGUGAAAAGUAGAAAAUGAACAGUUGGCAGUGAAAUGUGGGUAGUGAACAGUAGGUAUUGAGCAGUAGGCAGUGAGCUGUAGACUGUCGUUUAUCUCGUGUAUUGUGCACAGUGUAAUACUGAUUUAAACAUAAAAUAGUAUGACAAAACAAAUAACAAAAAGUAGUUUUACCUCAUUCGAGAUACUUCUUGUUCUAUAAGUGACAGCAACUUUGUUAUAUAUUAAUGUUUUGUCUUCAUACUUGGACACAGCUUUCCUUUGAACAAGACUUUCAAGCGUGACUUUAACUCAGUGACAUUGAAGGUCAAAUAAUUGAAUUUGUUAUAACUUGCUAUGACUUUGGUAUUUAUGAAAGGCUUAGCUUCAUACUUAAGCAGAUCUUCCUUGAGAGCAAUGCAUUAAAGAAUAUUAAACUCAAUUUGACCUUAAUCCAUAGAUUAUCGUUGGAAUGUCAAGUUAUUGCAACCUGCAAAAAUUCCACAAAUUAAUAUAAUUGCAUGUAUAUUUACAGAUGGACCGAGGAAUAUUUUUUUUAAUCCAAAUGAUGUGUCAUAUCGACAUGAUGAAAACUUUAACCUCGCACCAAUCACAUGUGGAGCUGAUUGCUGGGAAUGUAACUACAGUUGGUCUGGACCAAAUUCAUUUAGUGUUCCUGGAGUAGUGCUUGAUCUGGAUCCAUUAACAAAGUCAAUGGCUGGAACAUAUACAUGUACUGCUAGAAACGUUAAACUGUCUCAACAAACACUGCAAACAAAACAGUUGCUACUUGAAGUUAGAUUUGGUCCUGAUUCUAUAAAAGUAACAAAUGAGACAUCUGUAUAUACAUUAGAUGAGGGAACAAGAUUUAACGAUAUAAAAUGCGAGGCUGACUGUUUUCCAGCAUGCACAUAUAAAUGGACCAAAUAUGGUCAAAAUAUUGGCAAUACACAUACUCUGUCUUUGGGACAAUUAAAUAAAUCAUCUGCUGGAAAUUAUACAUGCAGGGCUACUAAUGGAGACAUACAGACUAGAUGGAAGGAAAAGAAGGUUACUAUUUACGUUAGAUAUGGACCGUACCAGUCAUCAACUAAAAUAUCACCAUCAACACAAAAUUACACCAAAAAUGAGGGACAGAGUUUAAAUGAUAUCACGUGUUCUGCUGAUUGCUAUCCUGAUUGCACAUACACCUGGAGAAAGACAAGACAUGGGCAGACAACUACAGUCAGUAGUAUAAGUGUUUUAUCUGUAGGGGAACUACACCGUGAAAAUGCUGCAUUGUACACUUGUAUAGCAAAAAAUCCUGAAAAGAUUUCAUCUUCAACAACAACAAAACAAACCCUUGUCAAUGUUAGAUAUGGACCCGAUUCAGCAGUUCUCAGCAAAACAUCACCUCGCACUAUAACAGAAGGGGAUAAAGAUGAAAAAAUUGAAUGUACUUCAGAUUGCUAUCCAGGUUGUUCUUAUAAAUGGACAAAAAAUACAAGUUCGUCUGCUAUUACGUCUUCACGUGUACUUCAACUUAACACUGUGUUAAGAGAGAAUGCUGGAGAUUACAAAUGCAUUAGUACCAAUACAGCAACAUCACAGUUCUCAAAAUCUGCAGAGUCAACUAUAAAAAUCAUUGUUCAAUAUGCCCCUGAUGUAAAUAUAAGUCUGUCAACGACAAGUGUAAAAGAACGAGAAAGUCUUACAUUAUUAUGUAAUGGACAUGGUGUACCAUCUAGUUACAUCUACACAAGCUUAAUUCAAAGCUCGAACAAUGUUGUUAUACCAAAUAACAAUACAGCAGUAGAAAAUACAAAGAAGAAUAGCUCUCUUUAUUUUAAAUCACUCCGACUUGACGAUACAGGGACAUACACAUGUACAUUAAACAAUGGAAUAUAUAACCUAUCAGGAAUACUUGACCAAAGUGGCAGGAGAGCAAUCAUUGUUCAAGUUUCCCCGAAGAUACUUAGAGAUGAUCUUCGAUUUACUGGUUCAACGGGAGACGCAAUAAAUAUUGAAAUCCCAAUUUACAGUAAUCCUGUAUUUGACACUAUAGAAAUAAUAAGAUAUGAUGGUCAGUCUAUUUCUAGUGAUAUGUAUACUGUCAUGGAUGAGUCUGUAGGGACACAAUUUUAUGGAAAAGAUGUAACACUGCAAGGGAAUGUAAUUUAUCUCACGUUGAAUGAUGCAAGGGAAGAAGAUUUCGGAAAUUAUUCAUUCAAAAUCACAAAUGUUAUUGAUACAACACAGACGUUUGUUAAUGUGAUAGCAGAAGGUCCACCUUUGCCACCUAAAUUCUUACAGUUACUGUCAGAAAAAAACGUACUAAAAUUUGUGUGGCAAAAAGACUUUAAUGGAGGACUUCAACAAUAUUUUAUCAUACAAACCUCGAUUGUGGGUACAGAAACAUGGACAAAUCUGUUAAAUGUUAGCGAGGUGGACAGUAAAUAUAAACUAAACAGUACUUUCUAUACCGCAAAUAUAACGGGUCUUUCACCAGAAAAAUAUAAUGCUCGAAUUGUUUCUAUCAAUGCGAUAGGGAGUUUAGGAUACACAGAGUUAGCAACAACAUUUGUUAUAGAAAGAGAGUUUCAGGCUACAAAUCGCUUUCACAGAACUGGAACUUUUGUCGCUGUCAUUAUAACUGUAGUACUUAUUGCUGCCGCUAUUUGCAUCGGGCUUUUCAUAUGGAAGAAAAGAAAAUCGGCGAAAGAGCAAGCUAAUGGAAAUAUAUAUGAAUCAACAUCACGGUCUGAUACAACAUCCCAAGAACCGUAUGAAGUCUUACACGGUUUCAGAGAUUCCAACACGUCAGACACCUAUGACAGUCUAAAUACCAAACAAAAAGAUGCUCGAAUUAAUCCGUUUCCAAAUGGAAGAGAUGAUAUAGCUCUUCAAACCCACGAUACCACUGACAAUGUAAAUAUGUACGAAAACCUAAAAUGUGGAGGCUUCAAAUAAAGAACCAUUGGCGGAGAAAUAUUCAUUAGGAAAAGAUUUCAACGUGAAAAGUGACAAUGUCUCUAGAUUGUUUAUAUCAUGGAAUUUUCUUCACAAAAAUGUGUUGAUACGAAAUAUUACUUUGUUAUUAGUUUUAGCAGAUUUUAAUUAAGAUCGGUACAAAAUAAAGAAUGUUCUCUAUUUAUGUUAUUUAGAGUAUAAUACAAUGACAGUGAAAAAAAUGAACUAGAGUCUAUAUGAUAGACGAACAAUGACAUUGCUUAAUUAUUCUUUUUUUACAUGUUCGUUAAUAUUAAUUCUUUAUUCAUUUCUAACUUUUUUUGUAACAAAGAUUCAAAAGUUUUUUUUUUAAUUUCACCUUAUAUUAUUUACUUUCACACUAACUUGCAAACAGCGAAAACAGUAGAAGCAAAUAUUUAGACUGCAAAUGAUAGCUAGUUAUUUAGAAAGCAGUUAUCAAAAAAAACCUAAUUUAUCUAUCUAGAUUCUUUCUGUUACUAGCGUAUACAUUCUUACCAUAUGAUUUGAAAAAAUACUUGUUAUUGCUUUACACAAUAUGUUUCUUUCAACGAAGACACAACAUUUUUUUUAAGUUUCAUUAUUUUGAGUUAAACAUAGAAGCUGUAUCAGGUAUACAUCAGAAGAAGAUUAUCUUUCUCUUGCAACGUUUCAAUGAAAAUUAUAUUUUCCUUUUAACUACCUAAAUAACAACAAAAACUCAGAUAUAUGAUCAACUGGACACAUUUAAGAAAAGAACGCUGAUAAAUGUCAGAAAAUAAAAUAAGAUCUUGCUAAUACGUUUAUUUGAUCCAUUUAUAUAUGUUGGUCAAAGAAAAAAAGAGGGAUAUAGAAAUUGGCUCCGUCCGUCUGUCCGUCCGUCUGUCCGGGCGCACGAAUGGACACUUGUUGGGUACCUUGAACACACGAAUGGACACUUGUUGGGUAAUUCUAUUCAUUCCGUCAGUAUUGUUCGGUACUUUUGUUGUCUUAUUGGGUACUUUUAAACAAAAGAAAUACCCAAUAAAUGCCCAUUCGUAGGAACGUCCGUCCGUCUGUCCAUCCGUCUGUCCGUCCGUAACACUUUCAUGUCCGGUCCAUUACUUUGUCAUUUAUCAAAGGAAUCUGAAAUAACUUAACACAAAUGUUUGUUAUAAUAAGACGAUGUGUCCUGCACAAAAACCAGACCCCUAUCUCCAAGGUCAAGGUCGCACUUGCUCAUUCAAGGUCAACAUUGUCUAUUUGAGGGUAUAUGUCGUGUCCGGUCUAUAACUUCUUUAUUGUUGAAGGGAUUUUGUAAAUACUUGCCACAAUUGUUCAUAAUAAUAAGACAAUGUGUCAUGCGCAACAACCGGUCACCUACCUCCAAGGUCAAGGUCACACUUGGAGGUCAAAGAUUAACACAGUCUGUUAUUGUGUAUAUUUUUGUGUCCAGUCCGUAACGUUUUCAUAGAUCGAAAGAGUUUGUAAAUACUUGCCACAAAUAGCCACUAUAAGAAGACAAUGUGUCAUACACAACACCUGCAUCCCUACCUUCAAGUUCAAGGUCACACUUUGUGGUCAAAAAUUAACAUAGUCUGUUUUAGGGUAUAUUUUCUGUCCGAUCAAGAACUUCUUCAGGAUUUUAAAAUAACAAGGCACACAUAUUCACAAUAAGAAGACUAUAUGUCAAGUACAACACCUCAAUAAUAUUCUUAGAGCUUUUAAGAAUUAAUAAAUGACUGUAAAGAAAUGUUCCAUGUAAUAGAGGAUAAAGUAAUAGAGAGCGAACAAUAUUUAAUUUAUUAAAUUAAAACAGACAAUUCAAGCUCAUCAUCUUUUAUCAAAUGGCUUAUUACCGGUCAUAGUUGUGACGGCACUGGCAGGCGACGUUUCGAUAAGGAAGUCAGGACCCGGAUUCACAACAAUAUCGAUUGUAACGAUAUUAAGUCAUAAACCUACACAUCUUGUGACUUUUGCCUAACAAAUCUUUUAUUAUCUCAUUACGCGUAUAAUGCUCAAAGCUUAACUUGAGUCUUCUAAUUUGAGAUACCUUUAACGUUCAAAGUACGACUGACAUUUUAGAUUUAUAAAUUUACCCGGAGACGUCAACACUAUAAACUAAUACUAUAUCACUUCAAGUAAUUGAUUUGUGUUCAUAAAAGUAGCUCAAACGUCCACCUGACAAAGACAAUGCGCAGCACGAAGUCACCAUUAUUUAAAAUUUUAGUAAUCUCAUGUUUGCCCUUUGUUUAAGAAGGAAAUAUCAACUCUUUGCUGAUGUAUAAUGUGCCUUAAAUUUUGUUUACGUUGGUAAAAAAUUGUGUAUCGUAAAGUAAAUGACAUAAUAUGAUAAAAAAAGUGCGGACAGGCAAUAUGAUUGAUCAUGGAAAUGGCAGUGUGAAGGUGCCAUUUUAGUAUCUCAGUGAGAUGAACCUCAUAUUAAAUCAAAUUUUCCAAUGAAAUUAUCUUUAAAUUUCAAAUGUAUGUUCAAUGGAAUAAAAAGAAUGAAUACGUUAUACAUGUUGUAGUAACAAGUGAAAGCUUUUGGAAAAAAUGCUUGAAUUUAAAUCAUCCAGGACCUUAUUAUAUUAAGCGGAAGAGGAACAAGUGUAUGCAUCAAACUAUGCCAUUUUCUUAUAAGAUUUAUGCAGAGACUUUGUCGCAUUUUAACACAGUCGCCUAAUGUUCACGGGGGUAUUGACAGAAAUAGCAUAAAAUGUGAUAUUCAACAUUUCUUUCCUUCAAAUGAAAUAUCGUUGGCCAUAAAUUGAUAAAUCUUUUUAUUUUACUCCCAUAUUAAACGUACACUAAUGGAAUUAGACGUUAUUAGCCUUUGUUACCAGCCAAGAGCUUAACC